AUGGCGGAAUAUGAUGGAAACAGCCUAUCUAGCCCAGUCGUUUCCGAACAUGGAGAAAAGCGUACAAGAAUGUUUACACAUAAAGGUUUCCGGAACACGCUUAUAAACCAGACAAAAACAUUUAACAAACAAACGAAAGUAUUACGGGUUGCGAUUGACCUGGUAUACAAAGCGAUAGAGGAGAAUUCAGCGAUAAAGGAAGCCCUAGACUCGCUCGAAAAAGAGAGACGAAUGCUCGUAAAUUCUGUUAAAAGUCUUGAAGAACUCUUUGCACAGGACAAGUGGGGUGAAACAACCGACGUGGAACCAACCAUCAGAAAAGCCUUCGAAAGUUUCCUACACGCAGCUGAGGUCGUUUCGCAAGAGGCAGGAAAGAAACUUGACAAUAAUAAAAGCAGAGUCGCGAACACGACCUCCGUAAGGUCCAGAAGAUCGAGAACUUCGGUGAAAACUGGAUCUACACGUUCAUCACUUCAUUCAGAAAGAAGAAUAGCAAUGGCGGAAGCAGCUGCCGCGAAAGAGCAAGCGGAGUACGACAGAUUAAUUGCUCAAAUGGAGAAAGAUCGGAAGCAACGCGAAGCCCAAGAGGUGCUAGAGAGAUCAGCAGCACAAGCCCGACAUGAACACGAUAUAGCAGUUCUUGCAGCCCGGAAAUUGGAAGCAGUAGCUCAAGCGAAGCUCGAAGCCAUUGAAAGAUCCAUAAUCCAGGAGGAAGACGAUUCGUAUUCUGGGAAAUCAAGUCGGAAAGCCAGCGUAGAACCUUUGGAACGCACCAAAGCUUGGGUGGAGAGCCAACCUCCCUUUGAAGGUGAUGUGGUGAGAAAGAUUAAACGAGAAGUUAACGAUGAGUUCAAUCAGACUUUACCCCAUCCCAUCGGACACCGAUCGGAAAGACACCAUAUAUAUGAAACACAAGAACCUAGUCGCGUAGUUCAACAAUGUAUGGGAGCGAUAGCUACGACCAACGAGAAGCUAACUGCAAGUCUGGCAAAGUUGAGUUUGCCGAAAUGUCACCCAGAUGUAUUUUCUGGAGACGCUACGAUGUUCCAUCCUUGGAAAAGCGCAUUUAAAGGAAUGACGGAAAGUUGCAACGUCACCCCAGAGAACGAAAUGAACUAUUUAUGCAUGUAUACAACCGGCGAGCCACGAAAGUUGGUGAACGGUUAUCGGAAAAGACGUCAUAAAGACCUUGAGAAACUGUUGAUGGAACUAUGGAUGGAAUUGGAAAAGCGUUUCGGCAACGUCGCAGUAAUUACGAACGCAUUUCUUACAAGACUUCGAGAAUCAGCCAGAUUUGGAGAAUAUGAUAAGAAGAAACUCCAAGCAUUCUCAGAUCUGUGCUCGGACGUGGUUUCGCAAGUUAGUCAACUUCCUGGCUUAGCAUGCCUCAACUAUCCAAACGCCAUUCGACCCAUCCUCUAUAACUUAUCAGAAUCCCUUCGCAACAGAUGGGACAAGCAAGUCGUUGAAUUCACUCUGAAAAACAAAGACGCUUAUCCUGAUUUUACCGUGUUUGCCUCCAUGAUCGAGAAACAGUCCCUACUCAAGAAUCACCCAAACGUGACAGCUUUCGAGAAACGAGGAAAGGGAGAUCGGAGAAAGCCUUUUAUCCCACCACUUAUCCCACCAGAGGACCCCCUGCAUACGGUCUUGGCGGGAGAAACUAAAACAGAAGAUGAAGAAGUUAAAGAAAAACACUGCCCGUUCCACAAAUGCAUCGGACAUACGUUGUCAGAGU